CGCCGGAUGACGCGGCCCCACCCGCCCGACGCGCCGGCGCGACCCGACGCGGCCCUGCCCAGGCGGCCGGACGUGCAAAGUUGCCCAGGGGCGGCCUGCGAUGAGCUCCAGAGGGAGAAGCGGAAGGAAGGGAAGGGGAAGGGGAAGCGGAAGCGGAAGCGGAAGGAUGACGGCGAGAUGGAGGGGACGGGGAAGGACAAGACGAUGGGGAAGAAGGAAAAGAACGGGGAAGAAAAGCUGAAGAAGGGCAAGGGAGGCGGGAUUCUGACAAACAAGCUUUUCUCAGAGCUCUGCAUCUCGGAGCUCACUGCCAAGGCCAUCAGAGAGAUGAACUAUACCCACCUCACCAAGAUUCAAGCUAGAUCAAUACCGCAUCUGAUGGAAGGAAGUGACGUGAUGGGUUCAGCAAAGACUGGCUCAGGCAAGACCCUUGCUUUCCUUGUACCAGCGAUUGAACUGCUCCACAGAUCGCACUUCUUGCCAAGGAACGGAACUGGAGUUGUUGUGGUUUGCCCAACAAGGGAGCUUGCUAUCCAGACACACAAUGUUGCCAAGGAAUUAAUGAAGUAUCACUCGCAAACUCUUGGAUAUGUAAUUGGUGGCACUAGCAUGAGAAGUGAGGCCAACCAGCUCGCAGAAGGGAUCAAUAUUUUAGUUGCCACACCAGGCAGGCUCCUGGACCAUCUGCGAAAUACCAGUAGUUUCAAAUACAAAGAGCUAAAGUGCCUUAUAAUUGAUGAAGCUGAUCGGAUACUUGAGCAAAAUUUCGAGGAGGACAUGAAACAAAUAUUUAAACGCCUCCCUCAGGACAGACAAAGUGUUCUUUUUUCUGCCACGCAGACUAAAAAGGUUCAAGAUUUCGCGAACUUCACGUUUGGGAAAAAUGAAGAACGACAACGGAAACUUGUUUAUGUUGGAGUUGACGAUUCUGAAUUAAAGCCUACCGUUGAGGGCUUGCAGCAGGGCUACUGUGUCAUUCCAAGCGAGAAAAGGUUUCUUGUUCUGUACACUUUCCUAAGAUUGAAAGCGCGCGAGGCGCAGACGGCGAAGGCCGCCCUAAGAGGGGAAGUGGGUGAGGAGCAGAAGAAGGUGAAGAUCAUGGUGUUCUUCUCGUCAUGUAGCUCAGUCAAAUUCCACGCAGAACUCCUAAACUUCCUCGGGAUCGAGUGUUACGAGAUCCAUGGGCAACUGAAGCAGCAGAAACGAACCAGUACAUUCUUCCGAUUUCUGAAGGAAAAAAGUGGCAUCUUGUUGUGCACUAACGUGGCAGCACGUGGCCUUGAUAUUCCUGAAGUCGACUAUAUUGUGCAGUACGAUCCUCCAGAUGACCCAAAGGAUUACAUUCACAGGGUUGGUCGUACCGCACGAGGUGAUAAAGGCAGAGGAAGCGCAUUACUGUUCUUGCUACCGGAGGAAUUAAAGCUGCUCAUUCACCUGCAGGCAGCCAGAAUUUCUCUGACUGAAUAUGUGUUCACCGAAAAGCAUGUCCCAAAGUCACUAUCACAGCUCGAGAAUAUCGUUAGUGGGAAUUACUUUCUAAACAAGUCUGCCAAGGAAGCCUAUAGGUCCUACCUUUUGGCAUACAACUCACACUCUAUGAAAGAUAUUUUUGAUAUCCAUCAGCUUGAUCUCAAGAAAGUAGCGGCGUCAUUCUGUUUUAAGGAGCCUCCGAAAGUGAAUCUAGACCUGGAGAGCAGCGCAUCAAGACAUCGAAAGAUGAGGAAAGUGUUCGGCGGGCAGAGCCAUGGAAUUGGCGCUUCAAACCCCUAUGGAAGGAGAGGCGUAUAUGAUCGCAGCAAAUUUGCAAGAUUCUGAAACGACAUCAUACGUUUUAGGCGGUGUAUGGUUCUCUCUGUAAGGCCUUGUUUGGGUUAAAAGGGAUUGAAGUGGAUUGAAGUGUAUUUUAGGGAUUGAAAGAGAAAUUAGUUCAUAUUACACUUCAAUACACCUUAUACCACCUCAAUCCACUCCAAUCCAAGAUUACCCAAACAAGCCCUAAUGGUACCAGAAACUCACUCUAAACGUUACUUUUAGGCUGUUUUUGGUCACGAUUGUUCUCCAAUUCCUGCAACGAGGUUUGGAUCUGAAAAGACGAAGUUCCGGUAUCUAGGCUAUAGAUAAUAAUGGAUCAUGAUCUAAAUAUUUUUUUCACGA